CAGUAACACUUCCAGUCUUACAUUAGCUAUACACCCCUAGCUAAUCUCCCCCUACAGUAAACAAAUAAGCUCCACCCCCCAACUUUCUAAAAAUGGUCUCCAUUGGUAUUAACGGUUUCGGACGUAUCGGUCGUCUCGUUUUGAGAAUCGCCUUGUCCAGACCAGACAUCAAGGUUGUUGCCGUCAAUGAUCCAUUCAUUGCCGCCGACUACGCCGCCUACAUGUUCAAGUAUGACUCCACCCACGGUAGAUACAAGGGUGAAGUCACCCACAAGGAUGGAAACUUGGUCAUUGAUGGAAAGACCAUCAAGGUCUACCAAGAAAGAGACCCAGCCAACAUCCCAUGGGGUAAGGAAGGCGUUGACUACGUCAUUGAAUCCACCGGGAUCUUCACCACUUUGGAAGGUGCCCAGAAGCACAUUGAUGCCGGUGCCAAGAAGGUCUUGAUCACCGCCCCAUCCUCCAACGCCCCAAUGUUUGUUGUUGGUGUUAACGAAAACCAAUACACCCCAGACCUCAAGAUCAUUUCCAAUGCUUCUUGUACCACCAACUGUUUGGCUCCAUUGGCCAAGGUCAUCAACGACGAGUUUGGUAUUGAAGAAGGUUUGAUGACCACCGUCCAUUCCAUCACCGCCACCCAAAAGACCGUUGAUGGUCCAUCCCACAAGGACUGGAGAGGUGGUAGAACCGCCUCCGGCAACAUCAUCCCAUCCUCCACCGGUGCUGCCAAGGCCGUUGGUAAGGUUAUCCCUGAAUUGAACGGUAAGUUGACCGGUAUGUCCUUGAGAGUGCCAACCGUCGACGUCUCCGUUGUUGACUUGACCGUCAGAUUGAAGAGAGCCACCACCUACGAAGAAAUCGCCGCCGCCGUCAAGAAGGCCUCCGAAGGUGCCUUGAAGGGUGUUUUGGGCUACACCGAAGACGCCGUUGUUUCCACCGACUUCUUGUCCUCCCAAUACUCCUCCGUCUUUGACUCCAAGGCCGGUAUCUUGUUGUCUCCAACCUUUGUCAAGUUGAUCUCUUGGUACGAUAACGAGUACGGGUACUCCACCAGAGUCGUUGACUUGUUGGAACACGUUGCCAAGCAAGAUUAGAUCGAUACUCAGUACAUAAGUAAGUAAUAAAAAAGCAAAUAAACUACACGUUUUCCUAC